UCAUGCUGCUGCCAGGUCCAGAGUCUCUCAUGGGUCCCUGUACGGCCUCCCAUUGCUGCUGUCUCCAUCGCCACACUCUGCCAUGUGCCACUUUCAGGUCUCCUCACACUGCUGCUGGUGUGUUCCAUUUUUUGUCAUAGGGUGCUGGCAGAUUACGGGCCUCCCAUAGCUGCUGCCAGGCCCCUAAUCUGCCAUGGGCCCCUGUACCGCCUCCUCAUGCUGCUGCCAGUCCAGAGUCUCUCAUGGGUCCCUGUACGGCCUCCCAUUGCUGCUGUCUCCAUCGCCACACUCUGCCAUGUGCCACUUUCAGGUCUCCUCACACUGCUGGUGUGUUCCAUUUUUUGU